CUUUCAAAAUGGCGUCGCGUUCUUCAAGAAGAGUCGUCACUGACGAAAUUGAAGAUCAGGACCUUAGCAAGGUCGAGUUUGAAACUUCUGAAGAUGUCAAAGUUAUCCCUACCUUUGAUGCUAUGAAUCUAAGAGACGAUUUAAUUCGUGGGAUUUAUGCAUACGGUUUUGAAAAGCCUUCUGCCAUUCAACAGCGAGCUAUAAGACCUAUAACAAAGGGACGCGAUGUCAUUGCACAAGCACAGUCUGGAACAGGAAAAACAGCCACCUUUUCAAUAUCAACGCUGCAAUCAAUCGAUACACAGCUUAGAGAGACUCAAUGCCUUAUCCUCUCACCAACUCGUGAACUUGCUGUACAGAUUCAGAAGGUUAUUUUGGCUCUUGGUGACUAUAUGAGUGUACAAUGCCAUGCAUGCAUUGGUGGGACAAACAUUGGCGAAGACAUUAGAAAACUUGACUAUGGACAGCAUGUAGUUUCAGGAACACCAGGCAGAGUUUUUGAUAUGAUCAGACGAAGACAUCUCAGAACAAGAUCAAUUAAAAUGUUGAUUCUUGACGAAUCAGAUGAAAUGCUGAAUAAGGGAUUCAAAGAACAGAUUUAUGAUGUAUAUAGAUACCUGCCUCCAGCAACUCAGGUUGUCUUGGUCAGUGCCACUCUCCCUCACGAAAUACUGGAAAUGACAUCAAAAUUCAUGACAGACCCAAUCAGGAUCCUUGUAAAACGUGAUGAAUUGACACUAGAAGGAAUCAAGCAGUUCUUUGUAGCUGUAGAAAAAGAAGAAUGGAAGUUUGACACACUUUGCGAUUUGUACGACACACUUACCAUCACACAGGCUGUUAUCUUCUGCAACACAAAGAGAAAGGUGGAUUGGCUAACGGAAAAGAUGAGAGAAGCAAACUUCACAGUUGCAUCAAUGCAUGGUGACAUGCCUCAGAAAGAAAGAGAAGCAAUUAUGAAAGACUUCAGAGCYGGACAAAGUCGUGUGUUGAUAUCCACUGAUGUGUGGGCCAGAGGUCUGGAUGUCCAGCAAGUUUCUCUUGUCAUUAACUAUGACUUGCCAAACAAUCGUGAAUUGUACAUUCAUCGUAUUGGUCGAUCUGGACGUUUUGGACGCAAAGGUGUGGCUAUUAAUUUUGUCAAGUCAGAUGACAUCAGAAUCUUACGAGAUAUUGAGCAGUAUUAUAGUACACAAAUUGAUGAAAUGCCAAUGAAUGUGGCCGACUUGAUUUAAAGAGCAAAGUCUACAUACUUUCAACUGUGUAUAAAACCUUCUGUUAUGUAUUUUUGUGAAUUAUAAAGGCAUCUUUCAGAACACAAAUCCUUCGCUUUUAGUGCUUGCUACAUGUAUUCUUACCAUUGUUUUUAUGAAUUGUUUUAUUACAGAAAUUCCUUAGUCUUGUAGUGUAGGAAUAUAUAUUGUUUCUUGAGAUAUUUCAUGUCAUCAUGUAAAGAUAACCAACAUAUAUUAUUUAGUCACAAGUCAAGCAAGAUUAGAAUAGUACAUGUACUUUUGUUAAUUUUCAUUUUGUUGAAAAAGGAUUAAAACAGAUCUGUCAGCACA